AUGGAAGCCUCCACCCCUGAUCAUCUAAGCCUCUUCGAGGACCAGAUGCCUUUUGAAACCGACGACUGGCAAUUCAUAUCCACCCAAUAUACAGCACAUGAUGAUCUACUUUAUCCAUCUAUGGGGUCCGGUGAUGGUCUGUUCGCAUCAAUAGACAACCUAGAUCUUGAUCUGAAUGUCGAUCCUGACCCCAGUAUAUACCUUGAUACCUUUGCGGCAGCUCAUUCCAUGUCCUUCGGCACUGCCCCCGAUCUCUGCUCUGUUCCUAUACCUAGUGUGGACCCCGAUGUAUUUGACAAUCAUGAGGAACCGACACUGGAUUGCUCCACGCUUCCCGAUCUCUCCACCCCGCUAUUCGCUGUCCCAGAUUCAACCCUCACUCCGUUCCAAACACCACCGCCUCCAACCGCAGCAAUUUCUUGUCUCGCAAAACAUCACAUCCCUUGCAUAAUAACUGCGACGCGAUCCCUUCGCUCACUCCAUAUCCCCCAGACCAUUUGCGUCUCCCGCCGAAGCGGCAGCAGUCAUGAUAGCAAUGGACUCGAGCUGCCACGCAUGUCCGGUUCAGUUCUUAAAAGCAAUAAAGACGCAGGCAUGUCAGUUUGCCGCAUGUUACAGUGCACCUGUGCCCUUCGCCCACAGAACCAGCUGAUCCUAGCAAUUAUCUGUUCUCGACUAAUUGCGUGGUACCGCGCGAUGAUCCGCACGUGCUUUAUGAACGACCGCAGCAGUCUGUCUAGACCAAGCACAAAGAGCGGGCCUAACGAGGACCCUGCCUCGUUAGAGAAGGUGGUUCAUCAACCUGUCACGAUCGGGGAUCACUCGGUCGAUGACCAGGUACUGGGAUUGACUAUUCAGGCGCGAGUCACGCUAGGCGAACUACAAUAUAUGCAGCGACUAGUUGAGACUCUAUCGGCCCGGAUGCAGGAAAGCGCUAGCUCAUAUCCGAAAGGGAUGCAGGGCUUUGGAGCCGAAGCUGGAUCCCCGUCAAUCGGGCUCCCGGGCAUCGCGCAUGACCGGCUGAUAACGCAUCUGUUGAAAGAGGUUCAUGCAGCCAGGGCUGAUCUUAUGACGGCUUGGGCACCGUAUGAUGUGGAUCCUCCUCAGCAAAGUGAUAACGAAGGGCAAUAUUGA